AUGCAAUAUCAUGCUCUCAGCAUCGCCAAGCAUGGAGGGCGGGUAGACCUCAUUGGCUAUCACGAAACCGCACCUCAUCCAAGCUUAUCGCAGUAUCCCAACGUGAAGAUCUGCCCCUUGGAUCCGCCACCGAGCGUGCUUCGAUCCAAGUCGCUGCCGUUCUUGGUCUCUGGCCCUCUCAAGGUCAUCUGGCAGGUCGUGACCUUGAUCCGUAUCUUGGGAUAUGACACGCCCCCAGCCCAAUGGCUGCUGGUUCAGAAUCCCCCAUCCAUCCCAACACUGGCGGUUGCCGCCGUCAUGUGCAGGUUGAGGAACACACAUCUUCUUAUAGACUGGCAUAACUAUGGCUGGACCAUCCUAGCCGGCACGCGCGGCUCUUCACACCCCUUUGUCCGCAUCUCUAAACUUUAUGAAUGCAUAUUCGGCCGUAUUGCGCCUACGGCUAACCUAACCGUCACUAAUGCCAUGGCCAAGGAACUCCGCAAGCCACCCUACAAAAUCCUGACGCCGAUCCUGACUAUGCAUGACCGGCCAGCUGCUAUCUUUCAGCCCGUGCGAACAGAGCAUAUGCGUGAAGAUCUUCUUCAGAAACUGGACGUGACCAAGGAAGCUGCCAAGGAUAUCUCGGAGGGCCGGUUAAGGCUUAUUGUCAGCAGUACAUCAUGGACUCCGGACGAGGACUUCUCCCUGAUGCUAGACGCCUUAGUCCAAUACGCGAACGCCGACUCAGCUCAGACGCCAGUGCUCGCCAUCAUCACAGGUCGUGGCCCGCAGAGAGCGAUGUACGAGGCGGAGAUCAAGGCACUACGAGAGGAGGGACGGCUCACAGGCGUCAUUAUUAAGACGGCCUUCUUGUCGUUCGAGGACUAUGCAAGCUUGCUUGGCUGUGCAGAUUUGGGGAUAUGUCUGCACAAGUCGAGCUCCGGCGUUGACUUGCCGAUGAAAGUCGUGGACAUGUUCGGAGCAGGCCUGCCGGUGGUUGCAUACUCCGACUACGAGAGCUUCUCCGAGCUCGUGAGGGAAGGAGAUAAUGGGUGUGGGUUCGAGACUGCGGAAGAGCUUGAGGCUGCUCUGGGGCGCUUGCUGAGUCCGGAGGGUCAGACAGAGCUGAAGACGCUGAAGCAGGGAGCCAUCGAGGAAGGUAGUCGAAGGUGGGAUGAAGAAUGGGAUGCUGUGGUCGGCCCGCUGUUGUCCAUGACGGAACCUUGA